AUGCAGCUUAUCGUAUUAUGUUUUCUCUUUUAUUUAGUAGUUUUUACAUUAACAAUGAAUGUUACAUCUAUGUCUACAAUAAUUGGAAAUACUGACCAUGAAGGACAUCGAUCUAUUAUUGCCCAGCGUUUACGAGCUCCGUUAAUGGGCCGUUCAAUAUCACCAGUGACUAUCACAAUGACAACAGUAAACGGCGAUAUUAACCGCGUUGAUAGUAAUGGUGAUAAUAGCGAUGAGGAACUUUUAUUGGGUAAACGACGACACAGUUUUGCGAUAUUGGGUCGACGCAGAUGGGUCACUUCGAAGAAAAGAGGGCCACUUUUUGGAUAG